AUGGAUCUAAUACUUCGCGAAGAGGCUGGCAGAGCCCAGGAAAUUGCGGACAUUCUGAGUGUGGUCAGGAAAUUUGAUCAGGACCAUGUGCAGGAAAUCACCUUGGCCAUCACACGACUGAACGAUCUGAGCUGGGCUCUGGGAGAACUCGACAUCCAAAUCGACGCAGUCAGAGACAUUAUCACUCGGCCAGUGGCUGAUGACUUGGGACUGGCACAGAACAGUGUCGCAUUUACACUCCAGGACAUCUGGACAAUUCUAGGCAAGAUUCCUCUUGACCCCAUCCGAGCCGAUUAUCAAGAUGCGUGGAAGGACAUCACCCGAUAUUGUUUUGCAAUGGGUAACCAGACUUUGCCUAUGCGUCUGGAGACCUAUCGACUCUUUGUUUGUGCCCUAUGUAGAGUGUUGAGAAGGCAAUCCUACAGUCGGCACCAACUACAACAUCUGCGCCAUGAGAUCUACGAUCUGCGGUCCCUGCAGCGUGAGAACAGACGAUUGAUCUCGGCCGCAGAGGCUUUUGCGAACCUUUCCCUGGUCCCAGCGCAGCGAACAGGCGGAGAACGUCCAUCUCACGAGCGUGUGCGGCCGCCUCGACAGGACCAACGGCCAAUGUCUCCUGCGUCUUCGCACGGCAGCUACCAGACUCUCCAGAAUCAAGCAGCUCCCAGCCCACCCGCCUUGUCUUCCCCUACCACGACCUUUUCUACGUUGAGUCAUACUUCUAGUGCUGACCCAGAUACGGGCCACUGGGCCUCUAAAAUCUUUGAUAACUUACCUACCACCCUUCUGGAGGAUGACCCUCUACCCUCGCGCUGUUUCGGAGAAAGCUCUGGCAGGGGCCGCAGCUUUCCUGAUCCCGAAUUUGACAGGAUACUUCAGAUCAAGUUCCCUGGUGGCAUUCGGACAAAAUUCUACCUUCGUGCUCGCGAUUAUCGUUGCAAGCUGGUAUGCGAAUGGUCGGACAGCAAAAAGGGAACUCGGUGGUCUUGCCUGCCCCUCAAUGAACUACACAUACGACGGUCCGGACCAUUUCUGUACCUUUGUCGUCCAACUGUCACAGCUACCAGCACUUGUUGGGCCAGCCUCAAAUUCACUUCGUAUGAAUGGCUGGUGGUUUUCCAUUGCACAUUUUUGUCACUACGAUCCCAUGACAGUCCUAAGCCCGGCAACAAUACGUUGGACCAUGUGCUGAAGGGGGACACGAGUUAUUUUGCUGGGGCUAUACGAGACAGCGGGUACGAACACGCCUUGCGAUUGUAUCGGGACAAGAGCACGGAUGCCCUUCGGCUUGAGGCGUCGGUUCUCGAUGGAGCAAUGCAGCAUACUCCGAUAUGGACGGCGUUCAUCACACAUAAUGUUACUUCUCCUACCUGGUACCGCUGGUCGAAGAACAGCUCGACGGUAUACCUGGCCGAGCUUCAGCGCCGCAUUUUCUCGUCGCAGUAUUCGCCGCAUAUCGCGGCAAGCGGGGAACACUUUCUCGACUUUGAAUUGAUGCAAGACGCAGAAGACUUUGCGAAGACCAUCGACGAUUUCGGCGAAGAGUAUCGCCGCAUGAAACCGGCGAGGUAG